UACAGAGGCAGUCCUGUGCCGUGCUGUGCUGUGCCGUGCGGAGCUGUGCAGAGAACUUUUACAUGGCGCGACUGAUACGGCCUUUAAGGCAAUGGCCACAGCUUCAUCAGCAUUGCUGCUCCCGCACACCAGCCAAUCAUUUACUGUCUUCAAUCAUACGACCGACGCUAACCGCUAAAAACUCUUGGUCGUAUUGUCUGUGUUUAACGGCUACUUCUGUAGCUUCCUCCCGUCGAAACGUCCAUCGACCUUCACGCGGACUUAUAAGACCAGAUGCUCUUACAACAUCUGAUCCCAAAGAAGGUGGCAACACAAGCGACUCUGAUUCCGAGCUAAAGAAGAGCCGCAAUCAGAAGAAGCGCGAGGCCAAGCGCGCUGUCCGUUGGGGCAUGAAACUUGCCGCCUUCUCCACUUCUCAAAUCAAACGCAUCCUCAAAGUGGCUUCUCUGGACGAAGAUGUGUUGGAUGCUCUAAUGCUAGUUAAGAGACUUGGCCCAGAUGUUAAAGAAGGAAAGCGGAGGCAGUAUAACUAUAUAGGUAAACUGCUGCGGGAAGUUGAACCAGACUUGAUGGAAGCAUUAAUUCAGGCAACAAGUGAUGGAGACUAUCAUACGCUGCAUGCUUUAGCUGGUUCAAAGAAAAUAAUCAUUGGAGAUGAUGACCAAAAGUCUGAAGAAAGUGAGAAUGAGGAGGAAGAAGAGGAAUCACAUGAGCAUAUCAAUCAGCCAAUUAGAUGGUUCAAUGGCCUCAUAAAUAAGGAUGUUCAAAUUACAAAUGAAGUUUACUCAAUUCAGAGUGUUGAUUUUGAUCGUCAGGAAUUGCGCAAACUUGUGAAGAGAGUACUCACAAGUGAAGAAAGCGGGACUGUUGAAGUAAACGAAGGAGAAGUUGAUGCAGCGACUUUUAGAGCUAAAAAGUCUCUCACCCGUUUCCUUCGCACCCUCGCCAAGCGUAUUGCAGUGGAUGAUGCCUAAUUACUUUUGCAUGUGACAUAAUUAUCAUUAAUUAUUUUUCAGUUGAAACAAAUUUUAUUUUAGUAUUCACGUA